AUGCAGACCGCGUUUAGAAGAAAAGUUAGGGAAAAGAAAAAAGAAUUUUGUUCAGUUUUAUAUUUUCUGUUCUUGGACGCUCAUGUACCUGAAAUACUACUUGAACGAGGAGGGGAAGAGAGUGUACACCCUCAAGGUGAGUAUUUUUUUAAUUUUAAUGUUUUUAACAAGGUCUUGUAAUAGAUUUUGAUUAAGACAAAAUAAAACAGAAAAUUAGUUUAAAAUUCUAAAGUUAUUUGCUUGUAUUUCUUUCACCUGAAGAGUUAAAUGCUUAUCUUAACAUAACACAUAUAUUACCUUGAAUUUUUUCAGAAGAACGCUCCAGACGGUCGUGCUUCAUUGUCCGCUCAUCCAGCCAGAUUCUCAGAAGCCGACAAAAACUCGAAGUAUCGUUUGGCCAUCAAGAAGCGCUUCAAUUUGUUGCCUAG